AUGCCGUCGUCCCCGUCCCCCGCGCUACCUCUGAAGGUGAACCCAGCCACUCCUUCAAGACCAGGAACCAGCGCGGGGGCCAGUUCGACCGCCGCACCCACUCCUGUCGCGAAGGCCCCCCCGAACCCAUCGGACAUUUCCAGCCCUCACGAGCUGACUGCAUUCGUGGAGACUCUCCUUGAAGAGUUGGAUACCAAGUUUGACGACAUGUCGAGCCAGAUAUUGGACCGCAUGAUGCAGAUGUCUAGCAGGGUUGAUGCUCUAGAGGCGGCGAUCCACGACAUCAUCCAUGGCGAUACCAUGCCGAGCUCGCCCGGUCUUCCUCAGUCGCCAUCCGCGCCGCAGCGGAGGAACGGAAACGCUACGGGCUGA